CGAUACGCGUGCAUGCGUGCGUAAUUUCGUGGAUCGCGCGUCUUUUCCCGUAUGUUAUGAUGCGCCAGAGCGGUAUCAAGCGUAACCUCGCGACUUGUGGAAGUUUUAUUAUUUUUCAGGCGUCGCGGAUAUCUGAGAAGUGAAGUCGACCGAUCAAAGUCGCACGAAAUCGGUAACACGAUGAAGUAUACCGAAGGUGAACAAGUUCUCGCUAAACAUCCCGCUUUAUUGGAAUAUCAUAGAGGGACAAUUCUCAAUAUCAGGGGUGAUCGGUACAAGAUAAAAUUCGACACUGGUGGUGAACACACAGUCAGCGAAGAUGACAUACAACAUCACAGAGCAAGCAGAUCCACAACCAGGACCAGCAGCAGAGCACCGAAGAAGAGUCCAUCGAAAUAUUCACCUAGCAGGAAAUCCCCGAGUAGACGGUCACCGAGCAGACGAUCGCCGAGUAGACGUUCGCCGAGUAGACGAUCGCCAGGCAGAUCACCGACGACGACGACUACGUCGUCUAGAAAAUUGCCCGUUCGCAACACGCGCUUUGCCAAGAUCUCUCUCCCGCGCAUAGACUACGAAGGCGAGAGCAAUCACAAGGACGAAAUCUCGGCAGAGGAGGAGAAAUCGAUCGAGACGAUUCCGUUGCAGCAACGCUUGAACGCGGAGAGCACUCGGCGUUAUCGGACGAAGCAAUUCUCAAACGUGAAGAGCGAGCAGGAGUACAGGAUGGGACAGUUCAUGAGAAGCAUCGAUCGAGCCGUCUCCCUUCCGCUGGAGAGAAAGACCUACGUGCACGAUUAUCUGCCGGAGGAGAAGGAAAGAGGAUACUCGGUUCAGAGGGAUCAGGAUCUAAAACAAACUUUUCCAUCUCAAGAGAGCGAGAAACGAGAGGAAGUAGCGAAACGCGAGAAGGAGAUAAGUAACGUUGGCAAACCGCAAGAGUGGGGCGGUUGGAUCGGCACGUCGCUUCUCACGCUGAUAUUACCGUUGUCCUUGAUUUUACCGCAACUCUUGUGCUCUCGGGAACGAUGCGGGUUUGCUAGCAUAAAGCUCUCCGCUGAUUUGAAGUCUUACAUAAACCUACACGGAUUGUUGUCUUACAUUUUACUCCUAACGCUGUUGGCUUUUAUCUCGAUUGUGCCGAUCGGAAGAGUCGUCGACGGUCAGCAGAGUAAAAUCGGGAGACUCCGAUAUCGCGUAAAUGGCUUACUGAGCGCUCUAGUGGCAACGGCAGCAUUCGUAUUGUGCGUGUACAAAAAUAUACAGGUCGACGAUUACAUCUUGAGUAACAUCGUACAGUUGUCGAUCGGCGGCUGGAUCCUGGGGACGAUUUCAGCGCUCGGGUUGUACAUCAAGGCAGAAAGAGCUCCGAUAGCCAAUCUGAACAUAUACGCGUCAACCAACAGCAGGAUAUACAAUUUCUGGCAAGGCAAGGAGAUCAGUCCGCGCAUUGGCACUUUGGACAUCAAGCUGCUGUUGAUACGAACUUCCUUCGUCGGCACGCUGAUCGUGCACAUGGCAAUUUUGGCUAAAGCCUUCAACGGUAUUGGGAGUCUGAGUGUCGAGCAACUCAAUUGGACUACGAUCUUACUCGUGACGUUACAAUUGUGGUACAUCGUGCACGGAUUGAUCAACGAAGCCGCUAUUCUCACGUCCUUCGAGAUCAUGUACGAGGGGACUGGAUACAUGACGUGCGUCAGUCGUUUGUUAUAUCCGUUCCUGGCGACUCUCGCGACAAGAUUUACGUUGUAUCAAAGGAUGGAAUUUAACUGGUACUCCGCUGGCAUCUGUACCGCAAGCUUCCUGGCGGGAUACGUCUUGUACGCGAUCAGUAACUUGCGCAAAAACGCUUUCAGGAGGAAUCCCGUUACGCCGGCGUCUUGGUCGGAGACUAUCUCGACGUUACGUGGCAAGAGGCUCAUGCUGUCUGGUUUGUGGGGCUACGUCAGGCACCCGAAUUAUUUGGGUGACAUCGUAAUACACUGGUCCUUUGCGGGUAUCAGCCUCGCGGGCGACAUUCUGCCGUUUUACGCAGCGAUCUGGCUCACGUUAGUGUUGGCUUACAGAGCCGUGCGGGAUAACAGGCGCUGCCAGGCGCGAUACGGAUACGCAUGGGAGCAAUAUUGCUCGCGCGUAAAGUAUAUGCUUCUGAAACACGUGUUUUGAGGCGAGCGACUGAGCGCGUAACGGAGAUAUUUCUAAAUUGUCAAGUUCAAGAUUUCAAAGAGAGAGAGUUUACACCGUCUCUAAAGAAAAAAGAAGCGAGAAACUCUCGAAAUGUAAUGCUCAUUACAUCUUGUAGGAUCUCUAAUCGUGCAUUAUUAUUAAGGUACUUUUAUCACGAGAAAUAGUGAUAUGUAAUAGUAUUAUGUCAAGUACACAAGAAUAUAGAGAAAAAUUGGAUAGGAGUACCAAAAAAUAUUUUGAUAAUGCUAAGAGACUUUUAAGUUUGCGAGACGAAUCUCGGUGAUGACGGUAAUAUAAAAAGUUAAGAUGCUAUGCAGCAAUGCUAUUUUAAUGGAAGCUGAUGAAUGCAUCAUAUACACUCUAUUUUAGUUUAAAUAUAGAUAUAUAGGUGUAGACCUUGUUAAGACAUUACAUGUGCCUGUAAUAUCAGAGAGCAUUACAACUUGAGAAUACAAAUUAAGAAAUUUUAUACUUUUUAUAUAUUACAUACAUAUCUAAAUACAUACAAGUGUACAAUUUUAUCAUGAGAUUUUAUCGGAGAUAUUUUAAGAGAUAUUACUUUUAAUAAAGUAAUUAAUAAAUAUA